GGUCGUGAAUGUAACUCCGCCCCCUUAUUAAUGUGUUUGAACAGCUGAGAACAACCAUCGGACGAUGUGGUCAUGUAGCAAACAGGAAAGGAAAAGAAAACAGUAACUUAAGCUACCGAACCGUAAAGCAAAUAACAAAUAAUUUGGCUUUCUGGCUAACUCAGAGUUCAGGGAUUCGGUAAAUCCUGCAGCUCUUGCCUCAUACUGUCUGCAAGUGGUAGUUUCGUGCAAAUAGUUAUAUAUAAUACCUAGUUCAGUGAGGUGUACUAUAUGAAAGCAAGCCACACAUGAUAGCCUACUGGACGAAGCGCCAGCAUAGAUGUCAGACUGUAAAAUAGAGGAACUUUGCUGGAUGGAGUAGUUGUGCCCAAGGAAAAUGGAAACUCAUGGGUUAAGUGGUUAUCCAUUGAAGUUGCCCUCGACUUGUAAAGAAAGGAUGUUUGAUUGUCAUUUUUGUAAUGCUGUGUUCACAAGCUCAAGUAUAUUGUUAGAUCACAUAAAGUAUGAGCAUAGCAAUUUGUCAUUAUAUGGACUUUCCUCAAAAGAUUGUAAAGAUGAUGUGGAAGGGGUAGUUCUUAUAGAGGCAGAUGAUAUUAAAAAAAAUUUUACUAGUUUUCUAGGAAGUGGAAACAAAUUUCAAACAAAAAAAGAGCUUGGUUUUUGUGAAGAAAAAAGAAUUUCACCUGAUAUUGAAAAAGUGUUUUUAGACAGUGAACUAAAAAGUGUACCAGGUAAUUCAAAUGUUGCAGAGGUUGUUUAUAUUUCUGAUAGUGAUGAAAUGUUAGACAUAAGUAGUAAAUACCACUGCCAGUCAAGUUUGCCUGAUGUAGAUCUUGAUAUCGUUGACGAAGUGGGUGUUGAGAAGAAAAAUGUCAAUAGCAUCAUGCAAGAAAAAGCAGAUGGUAAAUUAUCUUGUAAUACUACAAUUAGCAGUCAAGCCACAAAAAAAGAUAACAAUAAUUUUUGUGAAAGAGGACAACUUGAAUGUGGAUUGUCUCUUGGAAAAGAAAUUAACUAUGAUUACACCACUAAUGUUCGUAUUAAUGAACUGACACAGUUGAAUAGAAAUACUACAAAAGUAUCGAAGUCACUUUUCAGUAUGGACUUGCCCUAUUCAAAAAGUAGUAAAAAUGAAAGAUAUGCAUUGUUUCAUGGCAAUGCCGAUAAUGGUGAAAAUGAGAUUAAAUCUAAAAAAACACGUAAUCGUGGGAGAAACCGUACAAGAAAGGAACGCAACAAUAAAAUUAUUAUAGCAAAUGUUCCGUGCAACCAAGACUGGAUUGAUUUUGCUUCUAGAAAUGAUAAGAGUACAAUAAUAUUUUUAGACGAGACCGUAAGAAAACUAGAUGAAAUUAUGAAUACUUCAGUAAGUGAAACAAACAAACAUUGUGUUCCCAGAACUUCGGAAAUGAAAGAACAUUCAAGAGAAGUCAAACUGAUCCAAUGUGAGAAAGAAAUAGAAAUUGUGGAUCCUGUGGUCACUGAUACAAGAACUAACCAAAAUAUGGUAUCAGUUGAAGAAAGAGAAGAUUUUAAUGGAGAUAUAAUUUGCAUGGAGAACCACAGUAAAGAGAGUGCUCCAAGGGAGUCUGAACUUUUUCUGGAAGAAUAUCAUCCACAGAGUUGGAAGUUUUUAUAUUUAAAUGAACUGUAUACAGAAAAAGAAUUAAAUGAAAGAAUUUCCAAAAGUGUUGCUGGAAACACAGAUAGUAUUUUUAAUUCUCAAGUAGAUGAUGUAUAUACAACAGAAAAAGAUAUAUUUCAUGAAAAUGUUAAUAGUAAUGAAAUUCAUGAAAAGACUGCUGCUGAGGAAUAUGAUAGAAGUACCCCUAAAAAUAUAUUAGGGGAAGAUGGUGACAUUCAUCUCAGAAUUGAAAAGGUUUAUCAUGUAGAUGAAUGGGAAGGUGAGGAAGUAGUUUCAGAAGUGCAUUUACAUAAAACAGCAGAAAAUCACUCAUUCCAAAACAGCCCUCUAAAUGGUGGUAAUGUAAUGAUGCCAGCUCUUGAGAAAGAUAUGGAGAUUGCAAGUCCAAAUAAUGAUAACCUAUGGAGCUGUGAAGAAAUUCAAGAGAUAAAUUCUUGUGAGGCUGAUUGGAAUUCUACUAAUCUUAAUAACAGUAAAAUUUUGCAGGAAUCAUCCACAUCGCUUAAAAAUAAUUAUGGUGACUAUACAUAUGUUAAGAGAGUGUCUGGUCUUAAACCAUACAAAUGUUCACAGUGUUUAUUUGCUUCUAAAAAUAAAGAACAUUUAGUUCUUCACAUGCAAAAGUGCUUUAAGAGAAGACAGAGAGGGAGAACAAGAAAGAAAUCUGAAUGUGAUGGAAAAUCUGUCAAAUGUUUUCUCUGCCCCAGUCAACUAGAAAAUAACUUCAAACUUGUACACCACCUUUUCAGAGUGCAUGCAGAUAUUGUGAACUCUGACUCUGUCAGAUCUGAAAUUUUGUCAAUGAUAGAGGUAUCUGAGGUGAAUUGUUUUAAUAGCACCUAUAGAAACAGAAUAAUUGAAAAUGCUAUGAGGCACAAUGUAGCUACUUCUAGUAAUAUAUUAAGCCAAAUGACUAAUAUAGAUACAGAAAAGAGAGUAAUUUGUAAGGGUUCUUCACAAAUUCUGUGCAGUUCUAAACAAAAGUGUAUCUUUUGUGGGCAAAAGUUGCAUCACAAAUUUGGUAAGCUACAUCUUAGAAAAUGUAUUAAAAGGCUGUGUGAGGAACUGCAGGAACAUAAGGAAAGAAUAUCCUCACAAACUUCUCCAGGACAUGAAUUGAGUUGCCCUGUAUGUAAGAAAUUAUUUCAAAGUUUAUGGUGUCUGUACGAACACCUAUUUACUCAUACACCAUUUAAACCCUAUGAGUGUUCAUUCUGUAAGAAGGGCUUUUGGGAAAUAAGUUUAAGAAACCAUCAUAUUCGGGAAAAGUGUAGAAAUAGAAUAAUUACCAGGAAGUUUGAAAAACCUCGUGUAACAGAAGAUUGUAGUAAUCUGUAUGCAGCAGAGGAUUGUGAUAAUGUUAAUAAUGUUCAUGAAACCAGUCUUUACUUCAGAUCCUAUCAAGGUACUAAAUCUUUGGAAAAUUACUCUGGAUGUAAGGGCAAAAUUUCAGCAUGUUUUACAAACAGUCUUGGCUCUCAGCUUAAUAAGGAAAAGAUUAACUCUCCAUUUGAAAAUACCUUAUUUCCAAAGAGUAUUAUUAAUGGCUAUAAUAACUGUAUUAAUACUGAUAGACAAACUGAUGUGGGUAGCAGCCAAGAUUCCAAAUAUGUAGAGAAGAAAGGUCAAAAUGAUUUUGAGAACCAUAUGCCUUUUGCACAUGAACAAUUAAGAUGUCUGUAUUGCCUUGAGGUGUGUGAUGAUAAAGUUAGUUUAAAAUACCACACACUCAAAUGUAGGCCCAAAUCAUAUGAAAAAUCUGUUGAUAAAACGUGCUCUCCUAAUGGAAACUUUGAUGAUGACAUUAACAAGACACCCAAGCAUUAUAGAAAACUAAUGGAGGAGUUUGGCCCUAGAACCUCAACAGGGGAUGAUACAAAUACGAAUAACAUGUCUUCAGGAUCCCACGCCUGUUCUGCGUGUGGUAGAGUUUUUCGAUCUUAUUAUCAUUUAUACAGCCAUAGAUUAGUUGUACAUAAUGGUAAUGGAAGUGAUUAUGUUACCAACAGAAGGGACUUGAAGGCAAACAGGAGACAGCAUAUUUGUAAGACAUGUGGGAAAAUAUUUUCAAGCAGGGUACUACUCAGCUUUCAUGUAAAUGAUUGUUUACUUAGUAAAAAAAGGGUAAAACCUUUUGCAAUAACCAGUAGUGGGAAAAGUACCUCCAACCAUAGAGGUGAAAUUGUAAUUCAUAAAUGUUCUAAAAAGGGGGAGCCCACUGAUAUGUUGCAUGAUUUUGAAGGUUUUACAAAACCAUACAUUUGUGUGCUUUGUCAAAUGGAAUUUUCAGACAAGUUUUGUUUUAGACUUCAUAAAUCCAAACAUAAGUACAAACAUAAGUGGAGUAAAUCAAAAGGAACAUUUCAUUUGACAGUAGAACUGCAAAGAAUUGAUGAUUAUUGGUAAUUUUGCAGUUGAAAAUGGCCAGGCUUAAGUCCAUGUUAUUCCACAUGUAGAAAAGCAUUACAAUGCUUGUUUACAUGUACACAUAAAAUCAGUUAACAAUAAAACAUUUUGUGUAGGUUAUGUCAAGUGACUGAGACUGAAUCUGGAAUGUAAACAGUUUUACACAAUUUCAAUGAAACUGCUGUAAAAUGUUGAAUAUAUGAAAUAUUUUGUCCCUGAAGUCAAUCAAAGAAUAUUAAAAUCAGUUUCAUUUGCUAAACAUUUUCAUGUCUACAUCAGUUCGGUUUUGAAGACAUCACAAGCAGACAUGAAGUUCAUUGUUGGAAAAAACAAUUGGUGAAAAAUAGUUCCAGCAGGGAGGCUGAAAAAUAAGUACUAUUGGGAAUCCUGAAAAAAAGUAGUUCCUAAUUGUCAUUAAAUCCGUACUCAGCCAGCAGUGACAAAUAUCUGGAAAAAUUGUUUUAUAUAUUUUUUUUUUUUGAGUAAGUCUUAUACAUAAAAUAUUGUUAACCAAUCUUUCAUUAUCACUUAGAUUGUAUUUUAUCAUCAACUUAAGAUGUGGACUAAACAGACUAAGGCUAUUUCAAGUGCAAUGUAUAUCUUUUAAUUUAUAAUUUUAGACAUACAUACUCAUGCAUUACACUUUUAAGUAAUCAACAAAGGAAAUAGACAGCUUUGACAUUUUACUUUUUAAAAACUUAUGAUUUCAUUCCAUAUAAUGUGUUGUGAAAGUUUCUUUUACAUGACAUUUUUUGACCUAUCUUUCAUAUCAAUGUAUUCAACUAAUAAAAGGUAUUAUGCGUAUUAUGUAGAUAUGUAUAUUUUAAUAUUUUAUAACCCUGUACAAAAAUAUAAAGUAGCAUUUGA